AUGGCGGCUGUGAAUGUCCACAGCACAAAUGCAUCAGAAAACAAUCUCAGUCGACAUGAGAUGAUAUCAUGGAUUAACGAGACCCUGCAAACCAAUUACACAAAAAUUGAAGAACUUUGCUCAGGUGCUGCUUAUUGUCAAUUUAUGGAUUUGUUAUUUCCAGGCUGUGUGGUUUUAAAGAAAGUUAAAUUCAAUACCAAACUAGAACAUGAAUACAUACAGAAUUUCAAGCAACUUCAGGCUUGUUUCCAGAAGUUAGGGGUCGAUAAGAUAGUCCCAGUGGAGAAGCUGGUGAAGGGCAAGUUCCAGGACAACUUUGAGUUUGUGCAGUGGUUCAAGCGAUUCUUUGAUGCUAACUAUGGUGGCCAGGACUACGACCCUGUGUCAGCAAGAGGUGGUGAACAGUUGAGCUCUUCCAAACCUGCUGCGUUAAAGGCACCGGUUGCUAAACAGUCUGUCUCUCGAACAGCGCAGCCUCCUCCUCAGAAAAUUGUAAAACAUCCAAACAAGAGUCCUGCCCCUAACGUUAUCAAGAAGUCUUCGGCAGUGUCCGCCAACAACCCAGCAGGAGAUAGUCAUAUUGUUGAGGAGCUCAGGGGCCAGAUUGAGCAGCUGACCCUGGACAAAGAAGGUUUGGAGAAAGAACGAGACUUCUACUUCAACAAGCUGCGAGAGAUUGAAGUGAUUUGCCAAGACAAUGAAGGAGCACCUCACAUCAAGGAAAUCAUGGAUGUUCUUUAUGCAACUGAGGAAGGAUUUGCUCCACCGGAAGAUGAACAGGAGUAUGACGGAGAGCAAGAAGAGUACUAG